CCCAAGUGUCUCUGCGCAUGCAGACCUACACUAGAACUAUCUACAGGACAUCAUGUUCGUCGAUGGAUCACCUCCUCAGCCUCCUGGCGUAGGUUCUAGUACGUUUCACAUUCUAGUGUGGUGUUUUGCAAUCGCAGCCAUCUUUGGCAACGUGCUGGUGCUGCUAUGGCGCUGCGGAAGGAAGGAGUCACGCCUGCAACUUCUCUCUCUACUAAUCGUCAGUCUCGCCGUUGCUGAUAUUCUCUGGUCUUGCCACUACCUCAUCCAAGAAGUGAUGCUCUUGCCUGCUCUAUACGCUGGCAAACACGACACUUUCGAUUUCACUUCUCGAGAUGAAGCUCUCUGCCUCACAGUCACUUUCUUGUCUUUUACGAGUUGUAGUGCAGUAAUGACUACAGCCGUUGGCAUAGCUCUCCACACCCUCUUACAUCUUGUUGUUCAUCGUGGAAAGAUUAUUGUUUACAUAGUUGUGCUUAUCAGCUGGAUGUUUUGUUUGGCGUUAGGAACUUUGAUGACUCUUCAAAUGAAUGACGCCGUCCAGCAUUUUAAUAGGAGUAUGUCUGCGAGUACCUUCUCAUUGAUGGCAACAUUUGGUUGCAUGGGAGGAACGAAUCCUGCUUCCUAUCCGAUCAUUGUUACCUCCAUCAACGCAGUGGCUUCUGUUGCAUGUAUUAUCAUCUACAGUCUUUUGUGCUACAGACUGAGAAAAUUCAACGCUAAUGUUGCUACUACAGAACUGAAGCAUUUGCGUAUAAGACUAACGGUUAUAGUUGUAGUGAAUGUGAUCGUCUGGUGGCCAGCUUGUAUCAUUUAUUGGUAUAGUUAUGUCAGGGACGAGACUGUGUUCAAUGGUAAGCUGAGCUUGGAUGCUCCAUUGCCUAUCAUGAUGUUGACUGUGGUCGUGAGCUUGAUUAAUCCGUUAAUCUACACAAUAGCUUCAAAACGUGUCUCUAAUGUAAUCAAAAACGUCUGCGUUUUAAUAUGUUGUCAUGGCAACAGUAAACGACAAAGACUAAUUGUUAGAGACGAGGAUGAAAAUGAAUCAAGAUGUGGUUGCUCUGUUGUUUGUCAGAUGAUUUUUCGAGUUCGAGGAAGAGCUGAUUUUGGGAAAGGAACUCAAUCAAUAGGAAAUACCACAGAUCAGACGACAUCAAGUCACUUGUUUUCGGAAAUUGACUAUUUUCAAAUUGAAAUGGACCAACUGCCAUCUGAAUCAGUCUAGAUUGCGGUAAUUAUGUAUAACCAUGCUGCUAGUAUUUUAAGUAAACUUUUACUGAAACGCAUGCCAUGCUUUAUGUGUUUUUCAAAUAUAGAUGAAAUUAAGAUUA